UCGGCCAAUGGGAGGGGCGGCGGUGGACGGUGACUCGAUCCGGUGGAAAAUGUCCCCGGUUCCGUUCGGCUCGGGGAGACCGCAAGAGGAGGCCGGGCUCAGGGAGGUCCCUGCGCCGCCGGCCCUGGGGAAGCGGAGCGGCUCCGCGUCCGUGCGGUCCUCUAGCCGGGAGUCCCGCGGCCCGUGAAGGGAGCGCCCCCGGCGGCCCUUUCCGGAAAGGGCCGGGCCAUGGCGGAAGAGCGGCUCGACAGCCUGGAGGGCUGGGUGGCCGUCAAGGAAAACCUGUUCUCGGAGCCCGAGCGGCCCAAGCUCCGCUUCAUAGUGGCCUGGAACGAACCCGAGGCCAAGUUCGCCGUGACCUGUCACAACCGGACCCUGCAGCAGCAGCAGCAGCAGCGGCAGCGCCGGCGCCGUGAGUACCCCGGCCUGGCCCCCGGAGGCGGAGGCGGAGGCUGCGGCCCCGCGGAGGAGGAGGAGGAGGCGGAGACGGAGGCAGAGGCGUGCGGGCCGCUCAGCUGGGCCGGCCUCUUCUCUGCGGCCGAGCUUCAGGGCGUGCACCGGCAGCUGGCCGCCGUGAGCCCGCAGCUGGAGGCCUGCUUCCCUGCGCUGCCCCCCGAGCUCGCCCCAGGCCUGUGGGCGCUGCUUUUCCCGGCUGGGCCCGCGCCCGACGACGCGGCCCUGCAAGAGCGUUGUCGCCAGCUGGAGCUCUACCUGAGCGCCGCGGCCGACAGGUGCGGAGCCAGGAUGCUCCUGGACUCGCUCUUCUCGGCCGACACCGAGCCAGAGGACGAGUACUUCGAGAACCUGCAUGAAUUCCGGAAGAAGGCCCUGCAGGGGCACGUGGCCCGGGCCAAAGAGAGGCUCCAGGGGAUUAUUCAUGAACAUAAAAAUGCUGACAAGAUGAUAGAUUUAAUGAAAGUUUAUGAAGAAGAAGAUGAAGCUUACCAGGAAUUAGUUACUGUGGCAACAAAAUUCUAUCAAUAUUUGCUGCAGCCAUUUAGGGAUAUGCGAGAGUUUGCAACAUUAUACAAAUUAGAAAUUUUGAAGUCCUUGGAGUUUGAUGAAUUGGGCCCUAAGAGAAUAGAGGCAUUGCAGAAAGAUGCCAAAGAAUGGACCAGACAAGCUGAAGAAGCUGUGACAUCUAUUCAGGACAUCACUGUAAAUUAUUUUAGGGAAACAGUAAAUGCAUUGGCUGUAAUGCAAAAACAGAUGGAACAGGAUGAGAAGAGAUUCGGCCAAGCCACCUGGGCCUUAGCUGCUCCCAGACUUGAAAAACUGAAGUACAUGUUAGCAAGAGAGACCUUACAACACAGGAGAGCCAAAGAACUGUGCUUGAAUCGAAAACGAGUUGAAAUUCGAAAGAAGGUAGAAGGUCUUUCUGAAGUAGAGAAAAACAUUGGUGUGGUAGAUGAACUAGAAAUGCAGUAUUAUGAAAUUCAACUUGAAUUGUAUGAAGUUCAGCUUGAAAUAUUGAAGUUUGAAGAGAUGCUGCUUAUUACAGAGUUAGACACGAUAAGACGACUCAUAAAAGAGAAACAAGAUGAAGUUGUGUAUUAUGAUACAUGUGAAAAUCCUGAGGAACUUAAAGUCGUUGAUCAUCUAGUGGGACAACAGAAUUCCCAGAUUUCAGAAAUGAAGACACUCAAGCAGCAGUCCCAGAAGCUGGAAUCCAAGCGAGGGGCCAUCUCUGCAAGAAGAGCCUAUCUCAGGAACAAAAAAGAUCAAUGCAAGGAAAGUCAUCAUCACAAAUUGCAGCAGGAACAGGAAAACAUAAAGCGAUUUUAUCAGCAUCAUAAUAUUCAGAUGAAGAGAGACAAGAGAAAAGAAGAGGAGAAGGAAAAACAAGAAUGGAUAAGCCAAGAACGACAGAAAACACUUCAACGCCUAAAAUCAUUUAAAGAGAAAUGUCCCAUUCAGUUUGUACUUAAAACGUCUUGUUCAAAGCCAGUAAGUCCAAAAUUGCCCAAAGACAUUUCCCAGAAAGUCUCAUCACCAGCUUCUCAACCACUGUCAAUAGUCCAAUUAUCGUCUAAGCAAACAAGAAACGCUCCUUCAUCCAGAGUCAGAGGCUUGAAAACAUCUAAACAUAAAGACAUUCCUGGAAAUAUGCCUAUCCAGAUUUUGGUUCCAUUUAGUGACCCACCACAUCCAGAACCCAGCAAGGAACUGAUGUCACCACCUGCACCACCACCACCUCCUCCUCCUCCCCCCCCCCCACCACCUCCCCCACCUCCACCACCACCUCUUCCUUCUUCCUCCCAACUUUCAUUUCCUUUGCCUCCACACUUGAGAACUCCUGGGAAGGAUGAUGAUCAACCACUUCCCUUGGUCUGUGAAUCAACUGCUGAAAGAGUAUACGAUUCCUCUAAAAGUUCUUUAAACCUCUGUACAGGAACUAUGGAUCAAGUUUUGGCUUCUUUAAAGCAUGGUGAAAUGCUUCUCCGAAAAGUAGAGAGGCCCACUUUGGCCCCUCCAGGAACUUCAGUCAGAGAUAGCAUUCUGGCUGCCAUAAAGCAAGGGGUUAAAUUGAAGAAGGUUCAUCAAGAGCCCAUCCCAGUCAUCAACAAAGAGUCUCCCAGUGAGCUGGAGAGAAGCAUCAAGGCAGCUCUCCAGAGAAUUAAGAGAGUGUCGGCUGACUCUGAGGAGGAUGACAACGGAGAUCAGAAUAACACAGAAUGGGACACUUAACCUGAUUUGUUGAGGCCAGAGGUUUGCUGCAAUAAUGGAGUUCUCAGGAUAAAGCAGUAUAGGUGAAUGUGGACUUGUGAGAAGUAUGUGUACUCAGGGAAGGACAGCCUUCAUAAUCGUUUGUUAAAAACAGCACAUUUUGUGCACGAGAAGCACAUUGCAGGGGGUUUCAUUAUUUUAAUUGUUAUUGAAAUAGAGUAUGCAUGACUUUUUAAUCUUUUCACAGAUUAACCAAAGAACCUUACAUUACAUUUCAUGGGUAAAGGUUCUGAACAGCCCCCAGGGGGGAAAAAAGACAUAUUCAGGAUGUGUAUCUGGUAUGUUUUGCUACAAAAUAAAUUUGAAAAGUGUAAACUCUUAAGCAAAUACAUUGGAUAAUGAAAUGAACAAAUCCCUCCCCCCAACCCAAUUAUGUGCACUUUAGAGAUGAAAAGAGAAGGGAGAGAAUUGAGAUUAAAGAAAUUGCCAGUGAUGUUGUUGGCCAUGUUCAGUAUAAAAUGUACUACACUGAUUUUGGAGGGUGUUUCGCAUCAGAAAAGUAAACGUUACCAUUUCACCUUACUGGUGAGGGAAGAGGGGAUUUUGAAGGUGUUGGGAGAGUUUUUGCUACAAUUCAGAAAUAGUGUGUUUAUCUAAUUGAAAUGAUUGUGUUUAUCAACAUUUUAAUUUGUUAAAACUGAAUAAUUUAUUAUAAGUAACCAGAGUAAUUUGAUGGCACUUGGGAAACAUUUUAAAUAUAACAUAAAGAUAAUUUAUUUUAUAUUCUCUAGCAUAUCUGUGCACAGAACUGUUUUCAGUACCUCAGUAUUACAUUUAUGGAAAGCUUACCUUAACUGAUGUAAUUUUGUAAUGCAGGACUACUAAUUCUUUAACAUUUCCAGUGUAAAACUGGCAGAUUAUGAGAUUUACUAUUCCAUGGGAUUUCAAACGAGCCUUUGGCAUGCACAAUUUAUUGGGGGGAGGGGGAUUUUAGAUCAUAUAGUUAAUGUGGGUGGGAAACUUUUCCCUUCAGAAAAUGUCUGCUCUUGGAAAUCAUGAUCCCCCUUUAUGAUAUCUAAACAUUGUUAUAAAAUGAGGAAAUGCAUCCUUGCUGCCCCAUUAAACACCUUAUUUUUGGCUGUGGGGAUGGAUAUUCUGGUGAUAGGUAGAAUUUGUCUCACAUAAUUUUUAAUGUGUUGAAAACCACAGCUUACUAGUUUAAACUUUUUUACGUGAAAAAGUUGGAUUUCAUUUUUAUUUUUUAUUUUUGGUGUUUAAUAUUACAGUAACAUUUUGGUUAAACUUAAGUAAUUUAAAAUGCACCUUCAUGAACUCUGUCCAGAAUGCUGACAAGUGCCUUUUUGUUGGGGAGAAAAUGUGGUACCUUAGUAAUCAGUUUUAUACUUGGUUUUAGGAUGAUAGAGUUUUCUGUGUUUUAUAACAAAAGGCAAAAUUGAAAUGAAAAUGUUUUAACAAUAAAGGACAUGUACUUUU